CGGUGAUCUUACAGGUUACGACUGACAAAACGGCCAUCAUUUUAGUGGUAAUUAAGCAAAACCCCAAGCCAUUAGCCAGAGAGGACGAUGAUGAUAAAGCUAAGGAAAUAUUCUGCUUAGGGUUUUUGGGUAUAUUCUCUUCCACUCUCUCUGUUAAUAGAAAAACAUGGCAGUUUCUUCUCUUUAUCCAUUCAAUCCUAGUAUCCUCUCUAGAGUUGCUGCUCAGCCUCAUCUGUUUGCAUACUCUGUUUUGAGUCGAAGCAAAUUUGGGGAAACGGUGGCCGAUGAUGGGCGAAGGAAAAGUAGGCUGAGUAGGUUUCUGGCUUUGUCGAUGCACUCCAAUGCUAAGGUUCUCAAGUCCAAUUUGAAGUCACGGUAUGGGCAGACGUUGAGUCCCUACGAUAGCAGUGAAGAGGAGGACGAUGAAGAUGAAGAUGAAGACGAAGAUGAAGACGAUGACGUGGCAGAGGACGAUUGGUUGUUGUUGGAUGAUGAAUUUGCGGAACCUGCAGAAUUUGAAGUUGAAGGAAAAAGAUUGAAGUCGCAAAAGAAAAUCAAUAAAAGACAAGGUGGUCAUAGACAGUUGGAUAUAAGCAGGAAGAGUAUUGUUGGAAAUUUUUAUCUUGCUAAAAACAAAACAAAGGAGGUAGACUCCUUGCAUAUGGACAACAAAGGAAGGCUGAUGUCCAAAGCACCUAAUGAGAAAAAAUAUCAAAAGGUGUCUGAAGAAAUAGACUUAGAUGAGAAAUGGCUCCCACUUUUUGAUUACCUAACUACCUUUGGGCUCAAGGAAUCAGACUUCAUCCAGAUGUAUGAGAGGCACAUGCCAUUCCUUCAAAUAAAUGUAUCUUCUGCAGGGGAGAGGUUGGAGUACCUGCUGAGUGUUGGUGUCAAAAACAGAGAUAUCAGAAGAAUACUUUUGAGGCAGCCACAAAUUCUAGAAUAUACAGUGGAGAACAAUUUGAAAUCUCAUGUUGCUUUCUUGAGGGGUUUAGGUAUUCCAAACUCUAAAAUAGGGCUGAUAAUUGCUGUUGCUCCUUCACUUUUUUCAUAUAGUGUUGAAAAUUCAUUAAAACCCACAGUAAGAUAUUUGGUGGAGGAAGUUGGCAUUAAUGAAAAAAGUAUAAGUAAAGUAGUGCAGCUAAGCCCUCAGAUCCUGGUUCAGCGGAUUGACAUAUCAUGGAAUACUCGCUAUAUUUUUCUUUCAAAGGAGUUGGGAGCAUCUAGAGAUAGUGUCGUAAAGAUGGUAACAAAACAUCCUCAGCUUCUCCACUACAGCAUAGAUGAUGGAUUCGUUCCAAGGAUCAAUUUUCUGAGGAGUAUUGGCAUGCGUAAUUUGGACAUCUUGAAAGUCUUGACUAGCCUUCCACAGGUAUUAUCUUUGUCACUGGAGGACAAUCUAAAGCCAAAGUACAUGUAUUUGAUUAAUGAACUUCGUAAUGAGGUGCACUCGUUGACCAAAUAUCCUAUGUACUUGAGCUUGUCUUUGGACCAGAGAAUUCGCCCUCGCCAUAAGUUCUUGGUUGCCUUAAAGAAAGCUCCAAAGGGACCCUUUCCUUUGAGUUCAUUUGUUCCAACAGAUGAAUGCUUUUGUCAGCAAUGGGCUGGAACUAGUUUAGAUAAAUAUUUGUCAUUUCGUCAGCAAUUACUACUUAAGGAGUUUGCAAAGAAAUAUGAAAGACAAGGAUAAUGUAUAAUGUGUUGCCAUAGAGCCUAUGUGUUAUUUUUACAUACACAAGUACUGUGGCAAGGUCUCUCCACUGUUCAGCAACUUAUAUGGCUUAUUUUGCAAAACUGACCUGGAAUUUUUGAGGUGAAUCUCUGGUGUUCAUAUUACAAUGAACCUCCUGUAACUCCUGCUCUAGUUCUGCUCAUAUUUGAGGUGAACUCCAAAAAGCAUGUCUGUGAGAGGGAAAAAGAGAUGACAUUUGAAGGAUCAAGUAGCAACUUGUCGUCACAGCAAGUUGUUCAGGAUUAGAAUCUCAAAUUCUUGAAUGAUUACCCUACGCAUUGCAGGACUAUGCUAAUUGCAAUCCAUCAAGAGAUGACAUUUGAAGUAGUAAGUUGUCAUCACAGCAAGUUUUUCUCGUAAUGCUUAUACCAUUUUCUUUCCCCUUUUUUCCCACCUUAUGCUACAGAUAUAUGAGAUACCAUUUUUGAUACCGCUGCAGCCUCACAAAUCACUUUGAAGGGUAGUGAAUUGUAAUUAAAUUUUUAUUAUUGAAUUGUAAUUAAAUUUUUAUUUUCUCCAUGAUUUGCGAUGGAUAUGUGUCAACUUCCUAUAUAUUUGAUGUUCUAACGGAAGUUGCUUCUUUUA